ACUAUUUCAUUAGAUUAUCAUGACUUAUACUUAAAAUUAGAUAAUAACGAUUUAACGAUACAUUUAAACAUUAAAUCGAAAGAAAAUUGUUAAGUAGUACUAUUUAAUUAAUGUUCACAUUUAAAAAAUAUAAGUUUAUAUUUUUAAAUUAUUUUAUUGAUCGCACAUAGGUAAUAAAAUUGAAAUUCUGAGUGUAAAAUGCUCAACAUACAAUAAAAUUGCCAAAUUAUUUAAAUCUAGUGUUGAUGUGUUAAAUUAUAACAAAUGUUAGAAAAUGAGUGGUUAUACAGAAGAAACAUACACAAACUUGCUGAACAGCUUUAGAACCAAUGAUUUACAAGUAUUAUUGGGAACAUUUGGUUUCAGUACAACAGGUCGAAAGGCUGAUCUUAGAGAUCGAGCUGCAGAGUUAUUAAGGAAUAAACCAACUAAUUUUAAUUUUAAUGCAUUUUUAUCCAAAAUUGUUGACAUUCAUCAUACUUCUUUUCGUGAAAAUCGUUUACCUACAAGUAAUAACAAUUUAAUGCGAAGUAUGUUACAAAAUCAAUCACACAAUAUGAUACCUAUUGGAAUGCAGCAUCAUCAACAAAUGUUUCAACCAAAUCAGUAUUUGCAACAACAAAUGAAUAUGUCACGUUAUAGAUUACCCCAAGUCACACCACAAAUGCCAAAGAGUAUACCUGAGAAUGGACAUUUACAAUAUAAUUAUCCAUCUCUAGCACCACGUAGUAUGGUACCUCGAAUAUCAUCUAAUCCUCAAAAUAUGGUUCAACCUAAUCAAAUAUUACCUAAUAUGGGAAGACCAACACUUAAUAGAAAUAGUGUCAACCCAGUUACAAUACUUCCUAAUAAUUUAAAAUUAAAAAAGUUACCUUUUUAUGAAGUUAUUGAUGAAGUUAUUAAACCAAGUUGUCUUGACGGCCAAGAACAAUGCAGUGUACCAAAUGCUCCUAAAGGUAUGAGAGAGAUGUUUUUCAAAAUAAAUCUUUCGCCUGAAUGGGCUACCCAUAUUUCAAUGAAUCGUGAUAUAUCAAAUGGUAAAAGUGAGUACACAUUUCAAAUACAAAUUCGUAUCUGUCAAUUAGAACCAGAUACCGAAAUUUCUGACUUCAUGCCUCUUGGUGUACAUAUUCGUGUAUGUGGAAAAGUAUGUCAGUUACCACCAAGUGCUCCUAAUAUUAAACCUGGUGUUGAAGCAAGACGAAUACCUAGGCCAAUUAAUUGUACUCAACAUCUUAAACUCAAUCCUAAUAUUUCAAAUCCAGUUAUUGUAAAUUGGAUGCCUGAUGGAAAAACAUAUGUUUUUUGUGCAUAUUUAGUAAAAAAAUUAAACGCUGAAUCAUUGUUGAAAAAACUUCAAGAAAAAGGAGCAAGAAGUGCUGUAGAAACUAAAAAUAAUAUUAUUAAAAAGUUAGCUGAUGUUGAUCCAGAUUUAGCUACUACUUCAUAUAGAUUUUCCUUAGUAUGUCCCUUAGGAAAAAUGAGAAUGAAAAUUCCAGCUAAAUCAACAAAUUGUGAUCAUUUACAAUGCUUUGAUGCUAGUAUUUUCUUGUUAAUGAAUGAAAAGAAACCAACUUGGACAUGUCCUACUUGUAGCAAACCAUGUAUUUAUGAUGACAUCAGAAUAGAAUCAUAUUUCUUAGAUGUAGUUUCUAGCCCAAAUCUUCCAGAAAAUUGUAAGGAGAUAGAAAUAAUUGCUGAUGGUUCAUGGAAAGUUUAUGAAGAAGAAAAAAAAUUGAACAAUUCAGAUUAUGUUUCAAACUCCAAAGAGAAACCCAUAGAUUCUGUUGAUUUGGAUGAUGAUAGUGAUGAUUGUAAUGCCGGUAAUUCAAAUGAAUCAAACAAUGUUCCUAAUCCAGAGUUUUCCAUAGAACCAGAAAAUUUAAAAUCAAGUUUUGUUGAUUUAACAAUAAGUGAUGAUGAAGAAUCUGUUCCUAAAGAUAGAGAUAAGCAAGAAAAUGAAGCUGUUCCAGUUGAACAUGUACAACCUGUAUCUAAUAAAGCUUUAGAGCCUCAUGCACAACAAAUACAGCCCCAGCAAGCAGUGACUAGUUCCAUGCAAGGUGUUAUAAUAGAAUUAGACAACAGUCUUUCUCCACCUUCAUAAUAUCAUGAGACUAAUGUAAAGGUUACAAUUUAUUGGUUUAAAUUUAUUUUGUUAAUAUUUUAAUUAUUUGCUAUUCAUGAAAAUUUUAUCUAUUUUUUAAUGACUUGUAAAUAUAUUAUUAACAAGAAGUAAGAUUAUUAAAAAUUAAUUAAUGUAUUAAUUAAUUAUUUUUAAUUUUAUUUGAACAAACAAUUUUUUUACUUAUAUAUUUUUUUUUGUAAGAUAUUACAAUUUUUUUACAUUUUUUAAUAUUCAUUUAUUUUUAUAUGUUGGUAAUUAAAAUAAUUUGUUAAAAAUAUAAUUUUUGUAUAUUGAAAUAAUGUGAUUGUUAUUAAAUUGUAUUUUUAAUCUAUUUCUUAAGUAAUAAAAUUAAUUUUAUAAUA